GCCAGGUGACAGCUCGGCCGCCGCCGGGGCCCGAGAGUGCCGGGCCGAGGCGGUAGGGUCGGGCCGGGGACCCGCGGAGGGGCGGGAGGCCGCCAUCCUGCCGGCGCAGCGAGUCCCGCCGGCGGCCGGAAAUAUGGAGCGGGCGGCGGCGGGGCCGGCAGUGGAGGGCGGCGGUGUGAGCCGGAGACCCGUGCGGGCGGGAGGCGCGGCGGGGACAGCGUCGCGGCAGGCCAGCACGGAGACGCUGGACAGCCCGACUGGAUCCCAUGUGGAAUGGUGUAAACAGCUGAUAGCUGCAACCAUUUCUAGUCAGAUUUCAGGGUCUGUCCCAUCAGAAGGUGUGUCCAGAGACUACAGGGUGUACAGGAGGCCUGUCAUACGGGAGAUUCAGGAUGGACACAAUGGCUAUCAUUCUGAAGCAGAACCCGAUCAGGCACUGCGGGAUGGAAACAAGCUAGCACAGAUGGAAGAGGCUCCACUUUUUCCUGGAGAAUCAAUCAAAGUGAUUGCUAAAGAUGUUAUGUAUAUCUGUCCAUUCAUGGGAGCAGUCAGUGGUACACUAACAGUGACUGACUUCAGGAUGUUUAUCAAAAGUGUUGAAAGGGAUCCACCUUUUGUUGUUGAUGUUCCUCUUGGAGUCAUAAAUAGAGUUGAAAAAAUUGGAGUACAGAGCCAUGGAGACAACUCGUGUGGUAUAGAAAUAGUUUGCAAGGAUAUGAGAAAUCUGCGGCUGGCCUAUAAACAGGAGGAGCAGAACAGGUUGGAGAUUUUUGAAAACCUUGUAAUACGUGCAUUUCCUGUUUCAAACGGGCUGCCUCUUUUUGCAUUCAGCUAUAAAGAAAAGUUUGCUGUUAAUGGCUGGAAAGUGUAUGAUCCAAUGGCAGAAUAUAAGAGGCAGGGCUUGCCCAAUGAGAGUUGGAAAAUAUCCAAAAUUAACAGCACCUAUGAGCUUUGUGAUACAUAUCCUGCAGUUCUCGUUGUGCCAACCAGUGUAAAGGAUGAUGACCUCACAAAAGUGGCUGCGUUUAGAGCAAAAGGCAGAGUUCCAGUUUUAUCCUGGAUUCAUCCUGAAAGCCAAGCAACAAUAACACGGUGCAGUCAGCCCUCAGUAGGCCCAAAUGAUAAGCGUUGCAAAGAAGAUGAAAAGUAUUUGCAGACAAUCAUGGAUGCCAAUGCUCAGUCACAUAAACUUAUCAUCUUCGAUGCCAGACAGAACAGUGUUGCAGAUACAAACAAGGCAAAAGGAGGAGGAUAUGAAAGUGAAAGUGCCUACCCAAAUGCAGAGCUGGUCUUUCUGGAAAUUCACAACAUACAUGUGAUGAGAGAAUCCCUGCGUAAACUGAAAGAGAUAGUUUAUCCUACUAUCGAUGAGACUCGGUGGCUGUCAAAUGUGGACUCGACGCAUUGGCUGGAAUAUAUAAGGAUGCUUCUUGCUGGGGCAGUGAGAAUUGCAGAUAAAAUUGAAUCUGGUAAAACUUCCGUAGUGGUUCACUGCAGCGACGGCUGGGACAGAACAGCACAGCUCACGGCGCUGGCUAUGCUCAUGCUGGACAGCUAUUACAGAACCAUUAAAGGCUUUGAAGUCCUUAUAGAGAAAGAAUGGAUCAGUUUUGGACACCGAUUUGCAAUGCGAGUCGGACAUGGAGAUGAUGAUCAUGCUGAUGCAGACAGAUCUCCCAUUUUCCUUCAGUUCAUCGACUGUGUUUGGCAGAUGACAAAGCAGUUUCCUGCAGCCUUUGAAUUCAACGAGUUAUUUUUGAUCACCAUUCUGGAUCACCUUUACAGCUGUCUCUUUGGGACUUUCUUAUGUAACUGUGAAAAAGAGAGAUUAAAAGAGGAGGUAAGCACAAAGACUGUGUCGCUGUGGUCCUAUAUAAACAGCCAGUUAGAUGAGUUCACAAAUCCUUUCUACGUAAACUAUGAAAACCAUGUCCUGUAUCCUGUUGCCAGUCUGAACCAUUUGGAGCUGUGGGUGAACUACUACGUCAGGUGGAACCCAAGGAUGCGGCCUCAGGUUCCAAUCCAUCAGAAUCUUAAAGAGCUCCUUGCCAUCCGGACAGAGCUGCAGAAGAAGGUGGAAGAUUUGCAGAGGGAAGCUGCCACACGAUCCAUUUCUUCCUCCUCUGAUAGAGGUUCAUCUCCUUCCCAUUCAGCCACGCCAGUGCACACCUCUGUGUGAUGUGUAAUAAAAGCCAUGUGAAAAAAUUUGUGUCAGGUGAUGCAGAGAGGAGGGUGAAAUGCUUUUCCCAUCACAAUAGGAUUGUGAGUGACUUGUAAUUGCUAUGAUCUACAUGCCUUACUCUGUGUCUGAUAUUAUCAUGAUGAGGCCAAAAAGAGCUUCAAUAGAUGUGAUGUAUUUUCUUGUUGGCAGUUCCCACAUGUGUUUUGACAGCUCUAGCUAAAUCACCAAUUGUGAAAUUAAACUUUGUUUUGAACAACUAACAAUUUAACCAUCCUAAAAGGGAAUCCAUCUGCCAAGCAGACAGAAAACUGCCUCUCAUGCCGCCUAGGGUACCAUGCCUGGUUGAGAGACUCAGACGAGACGCCACGUGACGCUUACACAGAGCACAGAACAUUUUGCUGAAUGGGAGCUGCGUAUUUCACUCAGUAAUAUGUCUAUUUUUUUGUUGUUGUUGCUAGAGCAAUUUAUUUUUUUAGGUAAUGAAUGCACUUGGAAAUCGAUUUGAUGUCUUUCCCAGUGUAGUCGGUUUUUCCCUUUUGACUAAAUAUGCCAUUAAGAGCGGUUGAAGCGAAGCUGGGUUUAUCAAGUACACCAGACUGACUUGUAUGAUGUAAUAUAUUUGGUACAGCACGCCUUUUAGGGUUUUUAAUGCCUUUUGUACAAGUUGAAAUAAAGUUUUUGGAACUGUUUAGUUCAUUGUUCAGUUUCAGCCUCCUGAGCCGGGGG